AUGCCUGCGCACGCCACUGGCGAAGACGAGCAGAGGCAGGCGGUAUUUCAGAAGCUCAAGAAAAUUUGCGUACCAUUGCUCGGAAAUUCAUCACUAACCCCAAGCUCAAUUCCCAAUGUGUUCAGGCUACUUGUGGAGCUCUUGAACACUCUGGACGACAUUGGAGCCUCUGGCUUCAUCCUCACUCCCUCCCUCAUAUCCUACGUCUUCUUCCCCAUAUCGACCAUCCUGAGGCGAAACCCUUCGCGUGAGAUACCGGAUCAGAUUCUUGAAAAGAUCUUGGGUAUCUUGUUCUUCCUUUCGGAGACAUGGUGGUGGGACUGCGACAUACGCACUUGGGAACAAGUAUUCCUACUAUCCAGUGCUAUCUUAACGGGUAUGGAGAGCAAGGGGAAAGGCAGGAUGAGAAGCGACGAGACGAAAGCUGCUGCAAUCCAGUGCCUACUUGCAUUACUACGAGAGAGGAAUGGCGAGGAGCGCAUCAAAUUUCGAAGACCGCCUGACAAUGAGCGUGCUCGUCUGCUAGAAAUCCAAGGGCACAUUCAGUCUGCUCAAUUCAUACCUGUGCUUGGACAGACCCUGGACUCGAGUCUGAUGACCUCUACAUCAGAGCAUCUGACACUCCAACGGCGUUCUCUACAACUACUGGAGUUGCUUGUCAGGCUUUACCUACCCUCUGGACUGGCUCCAUCAGUUCUUCCCGGUGUCGUCAGUACAAUGUGCAAGGUCGCACUAGGUCUCGCGACAUCGAAGACGUCAGCAAACGGCGAAAUCGUAGCAGGGGCUCUCGCCGUUUUGCGAGGCAUCAUAAUCAAAGCUAUCGGCGAUGAUAUUUGCGUCGCGGAAGGCGCUGUAAGGGAUAUAAACGAUCUUGAAGACCUCUUGCAGACGGCCAGCGACACGACAGGGCAGAACUCGUCCCAGAAUCUCAGGUUACCAUAUACGACUCCCAGGACCGACAGUUGGUUACGUGGUACGGCAUCCCAGCUGCACAUAGCUAUCAAUUCGUUAACGCCAUUGAUUUCACACCCGAACCCCGUUGCCCUGAGGGGGCUGGCGUCUUUUUCAGCCGCGCUUGUCAGUGCUACGUCUCUUACUCUACCCCAGACACAGCCUCUGUUGCUGUCUAUGCUGCUAUCCUUAAGUCUGUCGGACUUGGAUAGCGUAGCCAGACUAGCGGAAGGGUUGCUGGUAGACUCUCUGUCGCCUUCGGCCAAGGUCCAUCACGCUCUUUGGCGGGCCCUCAUGCGGAUGAUGAGCGACCACCUUGCUGCAAUCCCUCGGUUUCUCCCUACCCACUCAGACGCAAAGGUCGAGCACAGUGCACGGAUCAUUGAAGCAAUCUCCCGAGUGAGUCAUACGAUCUCAGGUCAAUCAACGCCAACCGGAGUAGGAGCCGGUCGCGGUUUCUCCUCUGUCUCAUCGGGGAUCAGUAAAUUGUUAGGACCCACUGGCGGUAUCGAAAAAUGGGGUUGGGCGCUGCUGUCCGUUCUGGAAUUCCUUCCGCCUACCAUUGUCAUUGCGGAAUGCCAAGGGCCGCAAUCGCUCCUUGAGAAUGGUCCGAUAGGUGUUGUGCUGACCCCUUUCCCCGCUAUGACUCUGCGGAAUAUCUCUUCUCGAUCCACAUUCACUGCGCUGGAACGGAUGCUGCGAUCACUGGGGACAGCGUGUGGUGAUGAAUGCUUAUACACAGUCGAGUGGUUCGCUAGUGUGGGGCUCGGUGGGAGGACCAUUAGAGCCGUCGCCGCCCUUUGGUGUGGCUCGAGACUACUGGAAGGUGUUAGCGGAGUUGAGCUUGACAGAGCCGACAGCAUGGACUCUAUUUCCUUUUCCAGAAGUAGCAGAUUGCAGAAGUUGGCUCGCAUACUCGCUCGGAACGUCUCUGAGCUAUGGGAUGAAGUAGAGGAAGGCGAUACUGACGAUGCGUCAAACGAAUCUCAGCUGAGGCAAGAUGCUGUGCAGGACGAAAAUAUGCUGAUUGAGUAUCGUAAGGGACUAAUUCCUGUCUCAUUGGGCAGACAGGAAUCCAACCCUAUCUUUCGAAACGCCGCCCUACGGCCUUCACUUCAUAAGGCCGUUUGCUUGCAACUCAUAGCUCUUACAACUGGUAUACUUCAAUCGCGGGCAACUCCGUUAUUCGUCCACACCUUAUACCCCGUCCUUCAUUCCAUGGUUUCCACAGAUGCGUACUUGGCUGAGACAGCUUCAGUGGCGUUGAAUUUCAUCACCUACAGCACCUCCUUCGCAUCGCCAUCUAAUCUAGUCCUGUCGAAUUUCGACUACAUCCUCGAUGCCGUAUCACGUCGCUUCACGCGCCGGUGGCUGGACAUGGAUGCCGCGAAGGUCCUGAUGCUGCUUAUACGCCUUGCUGGACGGGAUGUCGUCAGCAGAGCUGGCGACGUUGUGGAGGAAUGUUUCGACAGGCUCGAUGAAUUUCAUGGAUACGAGAUAGUCGUAGAAGGUCUCCUGGAGGUGCUUUCAGAAGUAAUCAAAGUGAUCGCAGCCGACGAAGAGGCCCAUGCCUCGAAAAGUAUCGAGCCAGAUUUUCAGACGUCGCCGCACCGCGGCAAGGAGCGCCUUGAUGCAUUCUUUACGUGGUUCCACCAUCGCCACCAACCUCUGGGGGAGGAUCCAACUGACUACGGCCCGGCCCCGAGAAGACCAUGGGGCAAAGACGACAGUACGGAUGCUGAAAGACCGUCAGCAAAAUCUCCAGAUUCCACUGCACAACCUCCGCCGACUCCGACACAGGCGUUGACAAAGCAAAUAGUGUCCCGUUCUCUAUAUUUCCUGACUCAUGGGGUACCCAGUGUUCGGGCCAGAAUACUGUUGUUGCUGUCGUCCGCUGUCCCCGUACUGCCCGAAUCGGCACUGCUAUCAUCUCUCCACCAUGCAUGGCCUUUUGUGCUAAACCGACUAUCGGAUGCCGAGCCCUAUGUUGUUAGUGCAGCCGCCCAAUUAAUCGAAGCUCUUACCACGCAUGUGGGCUCGUUUAUGUCGCGACGAAUCUGGGAUGAUGCAUGGCCUCGGUUCCGUACAAUGCUUAACAAACUGGAGACCGCGGACGCCACCAAUGCCUUGGCUCGGAGAGGGCCGAAUGCAAUAGGGACUGAGUCCGCCUACACUCACUCGCACAGACUGUACCGCGCACUGUUGAGGACCAUGACUGCCGCCAUUAGAGGUGUGCGGAUCGAGGACGCUGCGGUUUGGGAUGUCAUCAUGUCCUUUCGACGCUUCCUGGCGAAUGGUGCCCACAACGAACUUCAGAAGUGCGCCCGCGAUUUGUACAAAGCUAUAGGGAAGAACAACGAAGAUGCUGUCUGGCUCGUUCUAUCGGCUACAUCGCGGACGGUAGACGACUCUCUAGGGUUCAUGCUGGAGGAGCGGUGGCAGAUUGAAACCAAUGCAAAUAUAAUACUGACGGAACUACUGCAAGACAACUCGUCCCUGUGGUAG